AUGAACAGGUCGCAACUGUUUUAUAUCUACCUGUUCUGUUUGAACAACAUCGGUUCUAAUCAUGGUUACUACAAAUUCAAUUCCCUGAGAUGUGAUCUUUAUGAUCCCGAACUGGCUGACAUCAAGCAGUGUCUCAUCAAGGCCAUCGAUCGAAAGCACAAUAUGAUUAACAUUGAAGCAUUGCUAAAUAAAAGCAUUUUAGAGUUAAAGAUCCAUUUUAAAGUAGUUAAACGAGAGAGAGGCGGUUGGCAUCCAUUUUUGUACGACAUGACUGUGGACGUUUGCAAAUUCUUCAGGAACCGCAAGAAGUUUUUUGUUACAAAUUUUCUAUACACGUUUUUAGAGCCAUUCACAAAUAUCAAUCGCACCUGUCCAUAUUUGGCCGGCACUGAGAUGCGUCUUUGGCAAUGGACCCCAGACGAAGAUGGAUUCUUGGCCAAACUGCCAAUGGAUCAUGGACAAUAUGGUUUACACAGCACUUGGUAUAUCAACAAGAGUACAGUAUUGCAAAUCAAUGGUUCAAUUUUAUUUUUUCAGUGA